ACCGGCACCGGCACCAGGAUCCGGCCUCGGAGCCAGCGCCGCCGUCACCAUGGGCAACAUCUUCGGGAACCUGCUGAAGAGCCUGAUUGGGAAGAAGGAGAUGCGGAUCCUGAUGGUGGGGCUGGACGCUGCUGGGAAGACCACCAUCCUCUACAAGCUCAAACUGGGGGAGAUCGUCACCACCAUCCCCACCAUCGGGUUCAACGUCGAGACAGUGGAGUACAAGAACAUCAGCUUCACCGUGUGGGAUGUGGGUGGGCAGGACAAGAUCCGGCCCCUCUGGAGGCAUUACUUCCAAAACACCCAGGGGCUGAUCUUCGUGGUGGACAGCAACGACCGGGAGCGGGUGAACGAGGCGCGGGAGGAGCUGAUGCGGAUGCUGGCAGAGGAUGAGCUCAGGGACGCCGUCCUCCUCGUCUUCGCCAACAAGCAGGACCUGCCCAAUGCCAUGAACGCAGCGGAGAUCACGGACAAGCUGGGGCUGCACUCCCUGCGCCACCGUAACUGGUACAUCCAGGCCACCUGUGCCACCAGCGGGGAUGGGCUCUACGAGGGCCUCGACUGGCUCGCCAAUCAGCUCAAGAACAAGAAGUGAGGGGGGGUCCCCCUGUGCCCCCCUGGGCCGUGCCAGGGCCCCCCCCGGCCGCCCCCUCCCUGCCCCGGUUGGGUUUUGCUUUCUUCUGGCACCGGUUGCUGUGGGGUUUUUCGCCUUUUUUGGGGUCCCCCUGGUUCCCCUCGGAUCUCGUGUGUGCGUGCGUGGAAUUAGAGCUCUAUAUAACGCCCAGGGGGGCAGGGGCAGAGCCCCGGGAGGGUGGGAUGGGGGCUGGGUGGGGGAGGCCACCUCAGCACUGCCCUGCCUGGGGGGGCCGGGGACACCCCAUCCCCAUGCAUGUCCCUGCACCCCUCGCCUUCCUCUGGACCAAAUGUGGGGGCAGCAGGGCCAUUGGGGGGGAUUUGGGACUAUACACCUCCCCCUCCCUCUCAGCACCCCUUCCCGGCCCCGUGUGCCCCCCCCGGGCAUUCCACACGUCCCCGGCCCCCCCAUGUCACUUCGAGGCAGGUCUCCUUCCCGCAGCGUGACCCUUGCAGAGGGGGGGGACAGCACAAGGCUGCCAGGACCUCUGUGGUCCCCCUGGCCGUGCCCCCCUCCUCGC